UGUAGUUCUGAUUGUCAAAGUACUGUACAUCUGCAUUAAAAGAAGUUCAGUCUACUGUAUAAGACGAUGCAGGUUAUAACUUGUUAAAAAAAAAAAACACUCACACACGCACCAGGAAGCUGUGAGCUGGGAAUGAUUUCACGCACUGGAAGUAUUUAUCACCUGCUGUUAAACUCAACCCUGAGGAGGGUACAAUAUGAUAGGUGGUGUCGUAUAAUGCCGUUUCUAUAGCAACAAGGCUAUCAAUUACGUCAUGAGCUCUGUGGACUUUAGAUCGCGUUCGUAGCGUGAAGGAGGGACGCUGCCUGUGUACGACUCACACACGAUGGCCAAGUUUCUGUCUCAGACUCAGAUUAACGAAUUUAAAGAAUGCUUCUCUCUGUAUGAUAAGAAGCGGAAGGGGAAGAUCGAAGCCAAGGACCUGAUCACAGUGAUGCGUUCUUUAGGCGCCAGUCCCACUUUCAGCGAGGUGGACCGACACCUACAGGUCAACAAAAUAGAUAAAAUGGGCGAGUUGGACUUCUCUACCUUCCUGACCAUCAUGCACAGACAGACGCAGCAGGAAAACCCCAAGACGGAGAUCCUGGAGGCCAUGCGCAUGACGGACAAGCAGCAGAAGGGCUACAUCCUGGCAUCGGAGCUCCGCGCCAAACUCACGAGCCUGGGAGAGAAGCUCACUGAUAAAGAAGUGGACGAGCUGUUUAAGGAGGCCAACGUCGGCCCUGACGGCAAGGUUGACUACGAGGAGUUCACCAGAAUGGUCACUCUGCCUCCUGUCGACUACUGAAGGACCAAACAGGAAGUGCCUGGACUUGUCAGGGUCCGUUUACCAAGUUCUGUGUGUUUUUUUUUUUUUUUUUUUUUAAUCAACAGUCAUUAAAAAAACAAAACGUGUUUUCAUAUUAAUUCCGACUUUAGUUUUUCCAUCAUGGGGGGAAAAAUCCAUGCUUUUUUUUUUUCCCCCCUUUCCAGGCUUUUUUUUUUUUUUAACCCUUUGUGUAUCCUUGCUAAUUAAUAAUAGAAAGAAAAGGAAAACUGGACAGUGUGACCUAUUUCAUUCGUAGAUGACUGUAAAACAAAUAUUAGAUUAUUAAAGUCUAUUUCUAGGCAUUUCCCAGUCUAGUUUCAAGUUUGAAGUUGUGCGCAGAUAAUUCAGCUUAUUUCAAACAUUUAUUUAUAGAAAGAAGAAAUUUAUCUGCCAACAGAAAAAGCCAACUUUCAGCUUGAAAUCAGGAAAAAUGUUUCGAAAUACAGUACUGUGGAAAAGUCUUAGGCAUCUCAUCUCAUUAUCUCUAGCCGCUUUAUCCUGUUCUACAGGGUCACAGGCGAGUUGGAGUCUAUACCAGCUGACUACGGGCGAAAGGCGGGGUACACCCUGGACAAGUCGCCAGGUCAUCACAGGGCUGACACAUAGACACAGACAACCAUUCACACUCACAUUCACACCUACGCUCAAUUGAGGCCCUGUCCACACGGCAAUGGAUUCAGGUGAAUCCGAUAAAAAUUGUUUAUCGUUUCGGCCUGGCGUCCACACGGUACCGGCGUUUUGGGUGCCCCAAAACGAAAUCUUUUGAGAACGGGUUCCAGAGUGGAAAGAUCUGGCAACGUUGCCGUUGUGAAGUCGUCUGGAUGAGUAGAACGGAUUUGUUUACGAUGACGUCACAACCACAUGACAGUGAGUGCUUCACACCGGGUAGAAGUGUAACGAACUCGAUGCGAGUUGUCAACAAAUCCUAUAACUUGGUUCAUGAAACACGCUUAGAAAAUAUUUUCACUGUGAAUAUUUAUUGUGUAAUGUUGCAAAGUGAGAGAGAGAGAGAGAGAAUAGCCCUUAGGGCAGAGUCAAUCCCGCCAGCAAAAAUAGGGAAAAAAAGGAGCGAUCUCACCUCUUCAGAUGUUGGUUUAAGUCCUACAAUACAUUCCUCAAAAAGGGCGUAGAAGAACAAAUUAAUCCAUCAACAUGUAGCAUUCAAUUUAUUCCGGACCAUUAAAGACGCCGCCUUCCGCGUAGAAUCAUACGUCAUCCUCGCCGCCAUAUUGGAUGGGUCAAAGCAGAGAAUAAAGAUGCCUCAUUCAUGUACUGCGUUUAACUGUACCAACAGGUUUACCGUCCAAGCGAGAUCACAUGGGAUUACCUUUCACAGGUGAGACUGGAAAAAUACUUUUCAUUGUAUUUGGUCAUUAUAAUGUAAUUUUACGAACAGAUUUUUCUGACUUUGUGGCUAAUAUGAAGUCUCGCGCAUAAUAGUUUAUGCGCAUGCGUCCUUACUUCUUCUAUUGUUCUGGUGUCUCCGAAGGGACCGUCUUACAGCGCCCCUAGAGGUGUGGCAUGUGUAUUGCAUCGUUUUCAGCAAGCGUUGCGUUGCCAUAUGGACCUGAUAUUUUACUGAUCGUUGCCCAUUUGGAUGCGAUAUUUUUUUAAUAACAUCUCGUUGCCGUUGUCGUGUGGAUGUAGCCUUAGAGUCACCAGUUAACCUAACCUGCAUGUCUUUGGACUGUGGGGGAAACCGGAGCACCCGGAGGAAACCCACGCGGACACGGGGAGAACAUGCAAACUCCACACAGAAAGGCCCUCGCCGGCCACUGGGCUCGAACCCGGACCUUCUUGCUGCGAGGCGACAGCGCUAACCACUACACCACCGUGCUGCCCAAGUCUUAGGCAUGUGUGAUGAAAUGCUGGAGACCAAAAAUGGCUUAAAAGUAAUGAAAUGAAAUGUUUCAGCAUUUAAAAAAAAAAUACUAUAAACAGUAAUCAGUGAGCCAUAAUAAAUGAAACAAAGUCAAUAUUUGGCGUGAGACGACGCCUUGCUUAAAAAAAAAAAUAGUCAUUUCAGUGCAGUUUUAUGUGGAAAUGAUCUGUAGGUUUUCCUGAGCAUCUUCCAGAACCAGCCGCAGUUCUUCUGGACACUUUGACUGUCACACUCACUUCUUCAUUUUACACCAAAACACAGCAGCCUUCAUUAUGGUUUCUUAUUCAAUCUGAGAAGCGCUCUCUUAUGGAAUAUGCUGCUCAGAUACAAACUUAUUUCCUGUAACAUUUAAUUUUGUGCUGGAAAAAAACAAACGCUUGGACUCUAAAAUGUUUUUGUACUGACUCGAUAAUGUAGAAGUCAUAAACUAGAAAUCUAUAACAAAGUUUGUUUGGGGAUAUUUUAAUACUUUUCACAGUACUGUAGGUUCAACAAUCGUAUAACUAUAUUAUGUAAGAAGUCUAACACGUUACUUUCUUUCGCUUUACAUUUAUCUGUCUUGUUAACUUCAAGGUAGAAAAAACAGAGUCUGGGAAACGAUUAUUUAUAGCUGCUGUAACUUAAACAUUUCAUGGACGUUC